GGGAGUGGUGUGGGUGGUGCGGCGUAGGGAGCCACACGUGUGGGGUGUUUCGGGGUUGGUACUCGUUGAUUUCCCGGACCUGAGGGCCCGCUGCCUGCGAAGAUGCCGAAGAUCAAGUCUGGGGCGAGCGGCCGCCAUCGCGAGCGGCAAGAACAGCGCCGGGAGCUGAAGAGCGCCGGAGGACUCAUGUUCAACACGGGCAUUGGGCAGCACAUUUUGAAAAAUCCUCUCAUUGUUAACAGCAUUAUCGAUAAGGCUGCCUUAAGGCCAACUGAUGUGGUGCUGGAAGUUGGACCUGGAACUGGCAAUAUGACUGUAAAGUUGCUAGAAAAGGCAAAAAAGGUAAUUGCCUGUGAACUUGACCCGAGGCUAGUAGCUGAACUUCACAAAAGAGUUCAGGGCACGCCUCUGGCCGGCAAACUUCAAGUAAUGGUGGGUGAUGUGUUGAAAACAGACUUGCCAUUUUUUGAUGCUUGUGUGGCAAAUUUGCCUUAUCAGAUCUCUUCUCCUUUUGUCUUCAAGCUGUUGCUACACCGACCUUUUUUCAGAUGUGCUGUACUUAUGUUUCAAAGAGAAUUUGCUCUCCGACUGGUUGCAAAACCUGGAGAUAAGUUAUACUGCAGACUUUCAAUUAAUACCCAGCUGUUAGCACGUGUGGACCAUCUAAUGAAAGUUGGAAAGAAUAACUUCAGGCCACCACCCAAGGUGGAAUCCAGUGUUGUAAGGAUAGAACCUAAGAAUCCGCCACCACCUAUCAAUUUUCAGGAAUGGGAUGGCCUAGUAAGGAUCACCUUCGUUAGGAAAAACAAGACGCUGUCUGCUGCGUUUAAGUCAAGUGCAGUGCAACGGCUAUUGGAGAAAAAUUACAGAAUCCACUGUUCAGUCCAUAAUAUUAUAAUACCAGAAGAUUUCAGCAUAGCAGAUAAAAUACAGCAAAUCCUAACCAGCACAGGUUUUAGUGACAAGCGGGCCCGUUCCAUGGACAUAGAUGACUUCAUCAGAUUGCUACAUGGAUUCAAUGCAGAAGGUAUCCAUUUUUCUUAGGUAUCUGGAAAACAGAAUGUUUCAAACUCAAGUCAAGAAACUGGAAUUGUAUAUUUUUAAUAAUUUGAGAAGAUGAACUGUGCUUUUGUGUCUACUAGGACACUAUGUGCCCGACUAUUUUGGACUUAUACUACUGCUGUCACCAUUUAUUACUCUAAACUUUCAGGGUAGUAAGUCAGUCAGUUCUAAGUACCCAGCGUUUUUUUGGUUUUGGUUUGUUUUUAAUAUCAAAUAUACGGUAUACGGCAGGGUCCAAUCUAUACCUGAUAAUCUUCAAGAGCCGCAGACACGCACAACUUUACACUUAAACUUAUCAUUUCUAACAGUUUAUUGUAUAAAGAUGUUACUCUUCCAUUUUCUAUUAUAUAUUACUGUGAGCUUCUUUAGGCCUUCAGCUCUUUAGGCCUUUGUCCCUCAAGUGGUGAAAAAGCUAAAAUAUGCUUAACUUAGUCACAUAUUCCCUAUACCAUUUCUUGUUAUUCAUGUGUACAGUAAAACAACUGUUUCUCAAAAUGUUUUUAUUUUGCUUCUCUCAUUCUUUCUGUUUGCCCUUCACAGCUUCUAUCAUUGCUUCCCCCGUUAGCUACUCUGUCGCAUCAUAGGCUACGUCGGGGUUCUGAGUAAGCCUGAGUCUGCUCCUGCCACCAUGUGGAGCAGGCAUAUCACCUCCGGGUGCGAUUCCUAACCUGUGCAGUGAGGAUGCUUGACUUGAAUGAAAUGAACUAUAAGGUUAUUUUUUCUUCAGGAGAUAGUCAUAGGUUUCACAAAAUUUCAAAGAGUUUUGUAAAUCAGAACUGACUUAAAGUUAAAAUCUCUGCCCUUCAAUUUCACAACAAACAAAAAAGCCAACCAGUCAUUUUCCUACAACUACAGGCUUCCAGUAUUCAUCUGACGUCAGGAUAAUUAAAAUUUCCAGUACCUUUUCAUGUACCUGAUGCUUAGUUUUAGAAUAUUUUUUAAAACAGCAGGUUGAAAAUUUCAAUAGAUGUCAUAAAAAAGUCUUAAUCAGCUACUAGGUUUAAAUCAUUAUCAAUAGGAUACUAAACGUUAAUGUCUUUUAAUAAAGCAUUAUAGUAGCUGAUUAUUUUAUUUAUAUAAGGAAAUUAAUAAAAAAAAAUCUUCACUGAUAUUUUGCUUUCUUUAUACCUAAUAGAAGGAGUGUUUCCAAAUUAUUUUAACAGAGGUACACUGAGUAAAUUUGGAAGGGAAGAUAAAUUGUUUGCCUAAACAGACUUUUUUGAAAUCUGGUUCCACGAUGAUAGAUUAAAACAUUCCUACAGAAUUAAAAUAAUGUAUAUUCUUAGUUACUUAUUAAUAGGGCUAUCAGCUUUCAAGUCUGAGAAAGUAAAGAAUAUUUAAUCCAGAUCCAAGAAAUUAUUCUUUAAAUAACAGCUGCAUCAAGCCACUUUUGUUACAUAAAUAUUAAAUAUACUUCAGAGUAGAGUUUUCCAGUAUCACAGAACUACUUUGCAAAGUUCACGUGUCCCAUCUCUCUCCUUAUAGCAACACUGUAAGACUUAAUUUAGCAUUCCCUCUAGUUCCUUUCCUGCUAUGAACUGCUGAGGUGUAGUCCCCUUUCUGGCCGUCGGUUUUCCCUAUCUGUAAAACUGAAGGACUGGAUUAUACUACCGAGAUCUUUUCUGGUACCAAUUCUUUAUAUACCUUAGUUACUGAUCAGAAUGAAGCCAUUACAGUAUAAAGCAGCAUAUGUGGAUAUAAGGAGACCUUCCAGAGAUAGUACCCAUCUAAUUUAAAUAAUAAGUUCAGACUAAUCUGUUGUGCUUUAAAAUGAGCAAGUUCACAACUCUUGAUUGCCCUUUGAAGGUUGCUUAGCCUCAAAAAUUACUUUUUAAAUAGCCUCUGCAAGGUCAACAGUAAUGGUUCUCCAUUCCUCCUCUUCUUUUUGAAGUAAACACAAAUAGAAUAUAUCUUACAGCUGCAAGAAAACCUGAGUCCCUUCCAAAACAAAGGUGAUUGUAUUGAAGUAAAUUAUCUCUAAAACUCAUUCUAUAGAUUUCACUUAUUAAUAAGCACACUGUGAAAAUCUACCUUUGUUCUAGAUUUCAAGUUUACAGAGGAGCGUUUCACCAUGGUGUUAGGAUGCCCAGCACGACCCUCUGACUUCUAUCGACAGUGAAGUAGGAGUCUGGCUCACGUGACUCUCUAUUCAUAGCUUCCCUUUGGCCCGUAUGAAUGAGCUAGUAGUUCCCUGGAGUCAGUCAAAACAAGAUAUCCUCGGGAGACGUUCUGUUGUUGAUCUACUCCUGGGCUCUACCCUGGGAACUGAGGGAAAACUCCUAGAGAGCGAUAGAAAUCUUUUAACAAAAUAUUUACAUGAAAAGAGGCCAGUUUUCUUCCUUGGAGUAGCAAUCUGUAAAAAUAAGUGCCACCACUUAAAAAGUAGCGUACCCUAGACCAAUUUAUUGGUGAGAAUUUGGAUAUUCUCACGAAGUAAUGGUGAAACAUCACACAUUAGGUAAUGGAGGAAGCCUGGGUUAGAUCUGCCUUUUAAGGCAAAGUCAGCUCUUUUUUUAGCUUAAUUCUUUUUCAAGGGAGUUAUGUACUGUCUACACUUGGCUUACACUAACAGUUCUAUUACGGACUACUUUCGAUGUACAUGUAAAUGUUCAUGCAUCAGAAGCCAAUUUCCUUUAACAGUACAUUUAAAA